UCUUUCUUUCUGCAGCAGCCGAUCCUGGUUUUCUUCUCCCUGCCUCCUUGCCCGUCUUCUUCCAAAGCAGACCGGAAAAUCCCCACCGUCAGUCACCGGCCUUCUUUCUCCCUAACUGCUUCAAAGCAGAAAAGCCCAUUUCUCCUCACCGGAAAUUCCCCACCGUCAGUCAGCGCUAAAAUCCCAUUUCUCCUCCUUCGUCUUCUAUCUGGGCCACGCGACGACAGUCACAACCGCCGAGGACUGCCCAGACGACCGCGAUAAUCCUCGUCUUCUCCCCGAAAAUCCCCAAUUGCUGUUAGUUACCGUGAAACCGCGACGAGCUUGAGGAUCCAUUGCUACCAGAUCUGCAAAGCCACUGGAUGUGUGCCCUUGGCUUGAUUAGUAUUGAUGAUGAUGUUACCUGCUAUCGUCUUUUGAUUCUUACAUGGGAAAUGAGAAUGCUAACAUUGAGACAAUCGUUGAAUUUCACUCCAAGUAUUUAACUGGUUUGACAUCCAACUUGAUGUUAGAUAUCUGCUAAUAUAGAGAUAAGCAUGGAUGCACAGAGUGUUACUGCUCGACUUAAAAAUUCAGGUCUUUUUCGGACGCAGGGUCUAAUAGGAGGGAAGUGGAUUGAUGCUUAUGAUGGGAAGACCAUUAAGCUUUUAGUAAUAUAUACCAUGAAUUGAACGAAAGCCAGAGAUGGACCAACGUGAUUUGUGCAGCAUUAGUGAUAAGUGGACUUAAUUUUCUACGUAAACUAGGGAAUUUCAUAGAACAUAAUGCGUCUUUAUCUCUUUAAAUUCACAUAGAGAUAUAGUGGGUUAAUAGGUGAAGAUAGGUUUGGUAUAACUUGAGAAAGUAUAUCGAAUAAAUUAGGAAAUCCCGCUGUCACAUGAAUAAUAAAUACCUUGGAAGUAUAUUGAUCUAAAAUUCUAUAUUAGUUGAUGAUGGUGAAGUCGGAUGCCUUAGACUUUUAAUUCUUGGUAUUACUCAAAGUUGAUUUAGUUUUUCUUUAACUAGUUUAGUGAUUUAAUUUAUUCAAAUCAUUUAAUUUCAAUUGUUCAAAUAAAAUUAGAAUUCAUUAAUUUUGGUACUUAAUUAGUCUACGGUCUCUGUGGGACGAUACUCUAUUUUCAUCAUUAUAUUACUUGAACGGACUAGUACACUUGCUAGAGUGGAAUUAGCUCAUCAGCCACAAAGAUUUUGUUUGGAAAUUGCCUUUUAAGUUUCUUUUGAUGCUUACCUGCAUUUGAUUUUAUUAUUAUUAUUAUUAUUAUUAUUAUUAUUACCUAUAUACACAAAAUGUGUAAAUAUUAAGCAUGCACAAGAAUCUGGUUUUCUAAUGCAAUGAAAAGACUCAUUUUGGAUGUUGUCAAAAAUGGCUUUUCAUGUAUGUCUGUUUGUUGGCAUGAGUUUAGGAAACUUCUAUGAUGAGUGAAUACAUGUCCUUGUUCUUAAUUCUUAUCUUGUGCUUAAAUUUGAUCUCCUUGUUCGGAACAAUAAGGUUCCAAAUUUUUC